AUGAAUUGUUUAAAAGGACUUCACCAUUGGACUUUUCACAAAUUUUCUUACAUCUUUCAAGCUUUCUACUUUUUUUACCUCAUAAGUGGUUUUCUUAUUAUUCGUUUUCAGUCAUACUUUAUAUUAGAACAAUAUUGUAGAACAAGUUACAGAAGUUUUUUGUGUGUACUACUUUUCUCAAGUGGGAUCUUAUCCUUUUUUACUUGCUCAUUAAGCGAUCCCGGAAAAAUAUCUCUUAUAUCUUUGGACAAACACAUGAAGUUCUACUCGUAUGAUGAAAUAAUUUUUCAUGCAAACACGAAAUGUGAAACUUGUCAUAUUUUAAAACCCGCAAGAAGCAAGCAUUGCAAAUACUGUUCAUCAUGUAUACCUCGCUAUGAUCAUCAUUGUUUUUUGUUAAAUAACUGUAUUGGAGGAUAUAAUAGUAUUUAUUAUUUUGUUUUUAUUUAUAUAAAUAUUGCAAUUACCUUUUACGCCUCUUACAUAACCUCACUUUGUUUAUAUAGUAUUAUGAAAUAUGAGAAUCUUUUAGAAGCUACUUUUAUAGAUAAAGGGACCAAUGAAGUUUUGCCGAAUACUUACUUAACCAUUGCUAAUUAUCUAUUUUCGAAAUACAGCCCCACCUUCUCCUUAUUUGUGAUAUCUCUAUUUUCAUUUUUUUUUCUAAUUCUACUUUUUUCGCAUGAAAUGUAUUUCAAUUUUUACCUUAACAUAACAACCAAUGAGAAAAAAAAAUAUAGCCAAUUAAAAAACAGUUUUUCUUUGAAUAAGCAAUUUUAUAAUAAAGGCUUCAUAAAAAAUGUUAAAGAUGUAUUAUUUUACAAAAAAAAUGUGGAUAAUUUUUUAAAAAAAAUUUCAUAA